AUGUUCCUUCUACUUCAUUUCAUCGUUCUGAUGGAUGUCAAAGAUCAUGCACUGGCUGAAGGCAGUACAAUCACUCCUUUGUGCCCAAAAGGAUAUUUUCCCUGUGGGAAUCUCUCCCAGUGUUUGCCUCGUGCUUUUCACUGUGACGGCGUGGAGGACUGUGGGAACGGGGCUGACGAGGAGAACUGUGGAGACACUAGUGGAUGGGCGACUAUAUUUGGCACAGUCCAUGGAAAUGCUAAUAAUGUGGCAUUAACACAGGAGUGCUUUUUAGAUCAGUACCCACAACGCUGUGUGUGCAAAGGAUCUGAGUUGGAAUGUGUAAAUGCUGGCUUGAAGUCUGUGCCGAUGGUUUCUAGCAAUGUGACGUUACUGUCUCUUAAGAAAAACAAUAUUCACAGUCUUUCAGAUAAAGUUUUCAUCAAAUACACAGAACUUAAAAAGAUAUUCCUCCAGCAUAACUGUAUUACAUAUAUAUCCAGAAAAGCAUUCUUUGGAUUACAUAAUCUGCAAAUACUAUAUCUCAACCACAACUGCAUCACAACUCUCAGACCUGGAGUCUUCAAAGACUUACAUCAGCUGACUUGGCUAAUUCUAGAUGACAAUCCCAUAAACAGAAUUUCACAGCGGUUGUUUACUGGAUUAAAUUCCUUGUUUUUCCUGUCCAUGGUGAACAACCACUUACAAGUCCUACCCAAGCAGAUGUGCGCCCAAAUGCCUCAGCUCAACUGGAUGGAUUUGGAAGGCAAUAGGAUAAAAUUCCUCACGAAUUCCACCUUCCUGUCGUGCAGUUCUCUCACAGUGCUGUUUCUGCCUAGAAAUCAAAUUGGUUUUGUUCCAGAGAAGACAUUUUCUUCAUUAAAAAAUUUAGGAGAACUGGACCUGUCUAGCAAUAUGAUAUCGGAGCUACCACCCCACAUUUUCAAAGACCUGAAGCGUCUACAGAAACUGAAUCUGUCGUCCAAUCCUCUUUUGUAUCUCCACAAGAGCCAGUUUGGAAGUCUUAAACAACUUCAGUCUUUAGACCUGGAAAGGAUAGAGAUUCCGAAUAUAAACACACGGAUGUUUCAACCCAUGAAGAAUCUUUCCUACAUUUAUUUCAAAAACUUUCGAUACUGCUCCUAUGCUCCCCAUGUCCGAAUAUGUAUGCCCUUGACUGACGGCAUUUCUUCAUUUGAGGACCUCUUGGCUAACAAUAUCCUCAGAGUAUUUGUCUGGGUUAUAGCUUUCAUAACCUGCUUUGGAAACCUUUUUGUCAUUGGCAUGAGAUCUUUCAUUAAAGCUGAAAACACGACUCACGCUACGUCCAUCAAAAUCCUUUGCUGUGCAGACUGCCUGAUGGGUGUGUAUUUGUUCUUCAUCGGCCUUUGUGAUCUAAAGUACCGUGGGCAGUAUCAGAAGUACGCGCUGCUGUGGAUGGAGAGCUUGCAGUGCCGCCUCCUGGGCUUCCUGGCCAUGCUGUCCACUGAGGUCUCUGUCCUCUUGCUCACGUACUUGACCUUGGAGAAGUUCCUGGCCGUUGUCUUUCCCUUCAGUAACAUUCGUCCUGGAAAAUGGCAGACCCUGGCCAUCCUCAUCUGCAUCUGGAUUGUGGGGUUCUUAAUAGCUGUGACUCCGUUGUGGAAGGAGGAUUAUUUUGGAAACUUUUAUGGAAAAAAUGGAGUAUGUUUCCCACUUUAUUAUGACCAAACAGAAGAUAUUGGAAGCAAAGGGUAUUCUCUUGGAAUUUUCCUAGGUGUGAAUUUGCUGGCUUUCCUCAUCAUUGUGUUUUCCUAUACUGUCAUGUUCUGUUCCAUUCAAAAAACUGCCCUGCAGACUUCAGAAGUGAGGAGUCACAUGGGAAGAGAGGUGGCUGUUGCAAACCGUUUCUUUUUUAUAGUGUUCUCUGACGCCAUCUGCUGGAUUCCUGUGUUUGUAAUUAAAAUUCUUUCCCUCUCCCGGGUGGAAAUACCAGGCACAAUCACCUCCUGGGUCGUCAUUUUUUUCCUUCCAGUAAACAGUGCCUUGAACCCAAUCCUCUACACUCUCACAACCAGCUUUUUCAAGGACAAGUUGAAACAGCUGUUGCACAAACAUCGGAGAAAAUCGAUUUUCAAAACUAAAAAAAAAAGUGUGUCUACUUCCAUCGUGUGGGCGGAUGACUCCUCUGCACUUAAACCUGGGGCUUUGAACAAAAUAAACCUCGAGGACAAUAUAGUGAAACCAAUUUCCUAG